CUACAACGCCGUGCAGUCCGCGCGUAGCCACGCGUGCGGUUACGCUCGCGUCCUAUUGUCUUAUAGAUAAAAUAAUAAAAUCAACUUUAUUACAAUAAUUAAGAUGGCGGGAACGAAGUUUUGUGGUUCUACUUCGAGAUUACUUCUGCUGAGUGUUCCGGCUUUCAUUAUACUAAGUGGAGCCGUAGUAACAGAGAAAACUCGGAGUUGCUAUUGGUGUGGGCCACUGGCUGAGCAAGUGCAUCGAAGCCAACGCGCUCCACCAUGCCAGGCAACUGAUGAUCAAGUCACCGUCUGUGAACCCGACUUUCCAUAUUGUGCUGUGAUCGCGACUUCGCCACCAUACGUCGAAUCAAGACUCUGCGUCAAACUCUACCAAGACGAAUGCUAUCCACUUUUCUGCAAUUCAACUAAAACAUGGAAAAUGACUUGUCCAUGUCGCAGCGAAUUAUGUAACGGCCCUAACACCGAAAGGGAAAACGAAGCUUUUGCCAUACUCGCAAAAUUAGUCGCUAAGACGCGAACUACACGAAUUAAGAAAAGAACGCAACAAAGCACGGCUAAAUUCAUUCCAACGGGAGAUGAAAAAACCCUAAUCAUUACAAACAUAUCUGUUAUUAAAAACAACGACUUGAAUAAUAAUAAUUUAGAUAAUAGAACGGAUAACGUACAAAUGACUGAUAUAAUAUUAUCUGAUGAACCCGUCGCUAUUCUUCAGGAUAUGAAAAGCGAAGAUGUACCUUCAAUGGAAAUGGCAUCAACAUCAGAUGCCAUUAAAGAAAUUGACAGAACAACAUAUACCCUUGAUAAUUUCGACGACAAUAAUAGUAACACAUCGCCAGCAUCAAAAGAUAUUACGAUUGCAACGGAAAUAACAAAAGUUGAAAAGGUUGUAGACAAUAUUGUGAAACCGAGUGAAGAAUUGCCCGCGGCUGAGGCGUUACAGCAAAAUACAAACCCUAAAGGUUCUAGUGAAAAAACUACAUUACCGACUAUUUCAAGCUACGAAACAACUUAUCAAACUACAACUGCUGGUGAUCCAGAGACCACAACAAUGAAACAUGACAAGAAAAAAAAUGGAGGGGACAAACCAUAUACUGAUAUCUAUAUUCUCUUCUUAACAUUUAUACCGUUAAGUAUUUACAAAUAUUCAUCAUUAUAUUUGCACUAGAUAAUUUUACGCUUUAACACAAAAUGUUGAUCUCUGAAUUUAGUAUUAAAUUGUUAUUAAUUCAAGAAUUGUAAGUAGAUUUGUGAUAUCCACGUGAUAUUAUUAUUUGUUAAAUUCUCACGGCAUAUUUUAACUCAAAUAA